AUGUCAGUCUUUACAUCCCAGAACCCGACACCUACUGUGUUUUUGAAUCAAUCCUGGUUCUGUGUUUACUGUUGGAUGUUGUGCGUUGCUGGAUGCAAUUCCUGGGUUGUUGCAGAGACACGGUGGCUGUCAUGGGAUGCGUAUCACGUGGGGUCUUUUGCUGGGAAUGAAGUCAUUUUGAUGCGUCGCGCGUGUCAUUAUGAGUUUCGUUUGGAUUGGAGAAAGGAAGUAAAGCAAGACGACAAGGCCAUGGCGAAAGCGAAAACGCCCCGAGCUGGGCCUGUAGCUGUAGCCGUAGGGGAAGCAGGAAGGAAGCCCGAGAAACCAGGGAUCAACGGCUGA